AUGAGUGAUUGGUCUACGCUUCCACCACCGGAAAUAUCAGCAAAACAAUGCCAAAAACUCACUGAUAAGUACUUUGAGAAAGGUGUGCCUUUGGCAGGACGUCCUAUGAUGAUUCCCUUCACCAAACAAGCCUUUUUAAUGGGUGAACUGCAACCUGUGACAACACGAAACUCGGAAAGUGGAAAUCGUACCAUAGAACACGUCCAAGUCCGCCCUGGGAAGGAAAAAAAGCUUCAAAUCUUAUCCACAAAUGAUGCCAAACAAUGGCUACUUAAAAAGGCCCAACCAGCGCUAACAAAACCCCCCGUAACAGCUCCAGUAACCCAGAAACCAACACAAUCCUCCACGUUUGCCAAACAAACACAGUCUCAGACGUCCAACAACACCUCAGCGUCACCAUCAAGCUCUAAAAGGUCAAUUCCGCAAAGCAAGAGCCAACAGGCAGCUGCGCCAAUACCAUUUCAUCCGACCAUGGUGGAAAUUCACGAGGAAUUCAACGAAGACGGCACUCAAACCAAAGGUGAUGUCGUGAAUGUUUCCUCAGAGUUCCAAGCUCUGAUGGAUAAGAUUGGACAGGGGGAUACAAUGAGCUUUCCACAAGGUACUGAUAUGAGUGGUGAGACGAAGGAAGAGCAACCAGAAAAUGGCAGUGAUGAAGAAAUGAUUACAAUAGACUACGACGACACCCCGCAAAAGCAAUUAUCAGAUCCUGAAUACGACCAACUCGCCCAACGCUUGGACGAAUUGGCAAGAUUGGAAGAAUCAGAGAAUCAAAGACUUCAGGAAGGAACAAGUAAUAGUAAGCUGAAGGCGCAACGAGCUGCCGGCAACAAAAAGAAGAAUUCAAGUGGCAGUGGAGGCUGGAACAAGGGAUUUCUGAAUCAACCCAAGAAGAACAAGUCUGCCCAGAAGCGUGCAACUACCCGGACUCAAUCCAACUCUACCAAGAAUAGUCAAUCCUCUGGUCAAGCGGCUGCUGGAACUUCCAGCAAGAGCGAAGUGCUACCAAUUCCCACUUCACCAGAGUCUCAAAUCCCACAAUCCACUCCAGCAGCCGAAACGACUCCAUUGCCACCCGCCACAACAGGAGGUGUCGCAUUCGACUUGUCACAAAACCAAGUCCAAGAAAUUCCAUCGCUUCCUGGUACUCGACCUUUGCCACCUCGAAACAAUGUUUCGAUGCCACCCAACCAAGCUGAACCUACAGUCGACGAAACUACACGAAUUAUGAACUCCACUGCCUUUUCAGGGGUUGUACAAGAACGGCCGACUGUUUCCGUAGCACCCGAGGGUGAACAGAUACAGGAAACCAAUACCAUUCAAGAACGAAGCGCACCACCCCAGAGCAAGUUUCGACGCAGACGACAACAGCAACAACAAAUGCAACAAAAACCACAAGAUCAAUCAAAGAAGAAGCUAUCUCGAUUUGCUCAAGAACGAAUGGGAUAA